AGAAAGAGCCUGAAGAAAGGCAGCCGAGGAGACAGACGACAGGAGGCGUUGGCUGACACACAAUCAAGACCCCACAAGAGAAAAUGCCGAAUUUUGCGGGCACCUGGAAAAUGAAAUGCAGCGAGAAUUUCGACGAGCUGCUCAAAGCUCUGGGUGUGAACGCCAUGCUCAGGAAGGUAGCGGUGGCAGCUGCAUCCAAGCCUCACGUGGAAAUAAAACAGAACGGCGAGCACUUCUACAUCAAGACUUCCACCACGGUCCGAACCACCGAGAUCAACUUCGUCAUCGGCGAGGAGUUCAACGAGGAGACGGUGGAUGGAAGAAAGUGUAAGAGUUUGGCCACUUGGGAAACAGAAAACAAGAUUUACUGCAAACAGACUCUUGUGAGCGGCAACGGACCGAAGACCUUCUGGAGCCGAGAACUCAAAGGAGAUGAACUCGUAUUGAUCUUUGGAGCCGAUGACGUGGUCUGCACACGGAUCUACGUUCGAGGAUAACCGACGUCCUCCAAAACUCCCCAUAACAAAUAAUCUGUCGGCGUGACAACUUCCACGUAACAUCUCCAUUAAUCUCUUUUGAUAGUCAGCAUGUUGCAUCUUUAUGUAAAUCACCACUUCAGCAGCUUAUUACAGCCUUCUUCCCCUAUUUUGUAUAUAAUUUUUCUAGCAUUGCAAAGUAAAACAAUUUAAGUAUGAUUUCUUUUUGUUACAAGAAAAGCAGCAGCGGUCGUCCACACAUUAAAUAAAGUUGCUGGUCAAAAAAAUAAACACAUUUUUGUAUCGAUUUUCAGUGUGUACGCUGAGGACCUUUGUAAAAAGACCACCAGUGGAAAUUAAGGUUGUUUUUUCAACCUUG